ACAUAUAGGGUCGCCAGUAGAGGUCCCGGUUAGAGGUUUAGAAGAUGGCGAGCUUGGCUGUAGCCGUGGUUCUCUUGUCUCUCGCUACAGAGGCUCUCGGUGUGGAGAGAGUGCACUAUGUCGCUGCAGAAGAGAUGUACUGGGACUAUGCACCGUUUGGGUACAACAUGAUCUCUGACUUACCUGUGGUGAACGACAGUGAUGCUAGUGUUUUUCUGGAGAGAGGGCCGAACCGAAUCGGCUCUGUCUACAAAAAGGCGCUGUUCCGGGAGUACACGGAUGAAACCUACACCGUGAAGACGGAGCGACCUGAUUGGCUGGGCUUUCUUGGGCCGGUUUUGAAGGGUGAGGUCGGUGACGUCAUCACCGUCCACUUCAAGAACCUGUUGCCAAAGCUGCACUGCUCGAUGCAUCCGCAUGGUGUCCUCUAUGACAAGAUGUCAGAGGGAUCUCUCUACAAAGAUGGCACCAGCGGAGCCAGCAAGCUGGACGACUUCGUCCCACCUAACGGGACGCACACGUACACGUGGCGGGUGCGGGAGGUGGACACCCCGCUGGAGGACGAUCCCGACUGCCUGACGUGGAUGUACCACUCGCACCAGGACCACAGCAGGGACAUCUACACCGGGCUGGCCGGGCCGCUCGUCAUCUGUAAAAAGGGAGCCCUGACAGCGAACGGCCGUGAGAAGGUGGACCGGGAGUUUGUCCUGGUGUUCAGCGUCACGGACGAAAACAAAAGCUUCUAUCUACAGGACAACAUCCGGGAAUUCUGCACCGAUUCUGACUCUGUGGACACAGAAGAUGAAGAUUUCAUGGAGAGUAACCUGAUGCACGGCAUCAACGGUUACCUGUACGGGAACCUGCCCGGCCUGGUGAUGUGUGACGGUGACACGGUCAGCUGGCAUCUGGUGGGGCUGGGGGGCGAGGUCGACAUGCACACCGUUCACUUCAGAGGGCAGAGCCUAGCGAUGCAGCGUCACACCGCCGACGCCAUCUCACUCUUCCCGGCAUCCUUCAUCACCGCUCGGAUGGAAGCACGCGGGCCCGGAACGGAAUGGAUGGUCAACUGUGAGGUCAACGAUCACUACAGCGGUGGGAUGCAAGCGUUGUUCAGUGUAGGUGACUGCGGACCGAGGUGGCAGGGAUACCAACUGGUCUACAUCGGAGGCAGAACCCGUGAAUAUUUCAUAGCCGCCGAGACCGUCGACUGGAACUACGGGCCUUCAGGGCAGAAUCUGUUCGACGGAGGAAGCUUAGUAGAACCGGACAGUGAUUCCGUAGUUUUCUUCGAGAACACUGCGCACAGAAUCGGUGGGACGUACAAGAAAGUCCGGUUCGUGGAAUACGAGGACGACACAUUCAGUCGUCCGAAGGAACGGACCGCAGAGGAGAAGCAACAGGGAAUUCUGGGUCCGGUCAUAAGGUCAGAGGUCGGCGAUGAGAUCGUCGUGACCUUUCGGAACAUGGCGGACAGGGAGUACAGCAUCCAACCGCAUGGCGUCGCUUAUGAUAAAGUAAACGAAGGAAGUUUCUAUGGAGACGCAUUUGGAAAGGGUUACGGCGUUCAACCCGGGGACAGCUACACCUACCGCUGGACGGUUCCGGAAGACUUCGGGCCGGCUGAGGGUGACCCCGCCUGUCUGACCAGGUUCUACCGCUCGGGCGUUGACCCCGUUGCCGACCCGUCCUCUGGGCUGAUUGGCCCCAUGCUUGUCUGUAGGCGAGGUGCACUGGCUGAGUCAGGGAAACAGAAAAAUGUGGACCACGAGUUCUUCUUGCUCUUCUCGGUGAUCGACGAGAACUUGAGCUGGUACCUCGACGACAACAUCCGGGAAUUCUGCGAGGACCCGGAUGGAGUGGACCGCGCAGACGCGGACUUCAUGGAGUCAAACUUAAUGCACGCCAUCAAUGGCUACAUGUACGGCAACCUUCCCACCAUGCGCAUGUGCAAAGGAGACAACGUCACGUGGCACGUGCUCGGCCUUGGUACUGAAGUGGACAUCCACACCGCAGUGUUCCAUGGGCAGACGCUGACGUACCACCAGCAGUACAGGGACGCCAUAGCGGUUUUCCCUGGAACUGCAGAAACUCUGUCAAUGGUUCCAGACAAUAUCGGGGAAUGGGCUCUAGAGUGCCGAACCAACGAUCACUACAGCGCCGGUAUGAAGGCCAAAUAUGUAGUGCAGGACUGCUACCCGGACGAGCGGUCUUCUCAGGACCUGGUCGCUAACGCUGGCCAGGUGCGGACAUUCUACAUCGCGGCGGUGGAGCUGGAAUGGGACUACGCUGAAGUGAAAGAGGACGCACACGGAAACCCGAUAAACCUUACCGAUGGCGAACAUGACUAUCUGAGGGCCUCAGACACAACUAUAGGAUCGGUCUACAAGAAAGCCUUGUACCGAGAAUUUACCGACGGUACCUUCACAACAGAGGUGGCGAGACCAGAAACGCAGGGUCUACUCGGACCAAUCAUACGAGCGGAAAUCGGUGACGUCAUCGUUGUGAUUUUUCGGAAUCUGGCGAGCCGUCGGUUCUCGCUGCACCCGCACGGUGUGCAGUACGACAAGGGGAGCGAGGGGGCGCUGUACCAGGACGGGCGGGGCGCUACCGGGCAGAGGGUAGGGGUCAACCCGGGAGAGACCAAGGCGUACACGUGGAGCGUGCCGGAAAGGUCUGGGCCAACAGAAGCAGACGGAAGUUGCGUCACCUGGGCGUACUACUCCAGCGUCGACCCCGUUCGCGACACCAACUCGGGACUGAUCGGCCCGCUCGUCAUCUGUCGGAGAGGAUCGCUUUUUCCCGACGGCAGCCGACGUGACGUUGACCGGGAGUACCCCCUGCUGUUCAGCGUGUUUGACGAGAACCUGAGCUGGUACAUCGAAGAGAACGUCAGACGGUACUGCGAGACUCCGGAUCAGGUAGACUUUGACGAUGAAGACUUCCAGGCAUCUAAUAAGUUACAUGCCAUCAACGGACUGGUGCUGGGUAACCUGCGGGGCCUGCGGAUGUCUGUGGGGGAGAGUGUGGACUGGUACCUGAUGGGGAUGGGUACGGAGGUGGACGCGCACUCCGCGCACUUUCACGGGAACGCCUUCACCCGCACCACCGGGCCCGACCUGCGCCAACGGGGAGACGUCUGGGAACUGUUUCCUGGAACCUUUGCGACCGUUCACAUGACCCCGAAUAACCCCGGCACCUGGCUGCUGCACUGCCACAACAGCGACCACUUCCCGCUGGGCAUGCAGACGACCUACACCGUGGAACCUGCUGAAACCGUGGAACCUGCUGAAACCGUGGAACCUGCCGAAACCGUGGAACCUGCCGAAACCGUGGAGCCUGCUGAAACCGUGGAACCUGCUGAAACAGUUACGACAAUACGGUUGUCUCCUUCUGUCUUCUAUGUGAAGGCGCCCCAGACUUCAACAAUCAUGCCUGCUUUCCUAAAGACCGUCUGUGUUCUACUGUGCGCCUACCUGAUGGUGUACACUACAGAUGCUGCCGUGAAAGAACGGCAUUACUACGUGGUGUGUAAGGAAGUGUGGUGGGACUACGCACCGGGAGGGUACAACAAGAUCACACAGGUCGCCAUUUCUCAGGACAGUGACGCAGCUGUGUUCCUGGAACCAGGCCCGAACCGGAUCGGGAGGGUCUACAAGAAGGCCGUGUUCCGGGAAUACACGGACGGCACCUUCACCGUGGAGAAACAACACCCGCCAUGGUUAGGGUACCUGGGACCUACCAUUAGUGGGGAGGUGGGGGAGGACAUCAUUGUGCACUUCAAGAACAUGGCGUCACGACCCUACAGCAUGCAUCCACACGGAGUCCUGUAUGAGAAAAACAGUGAAGGAGCGCUUUACUUUGACGGAACGUCUGGUGCAAAUAAAUCGGACGACCAGGUACCGCCGGGCGACACGUACGUGUACAGGUGGCAGGUGACUCAGAACGAGGCUCCCGCUGACGACGAUCCGCCAUGUUUGACGUGGAUGUACCAUUCACACGUCGCCGCCGACAAGGACAUGAACGCGGGCCUGACGGGAACGAUCGUGACCUGCAAACCAGGUUAUCUUGGUGACGAUGGGAAACAAAGAGGAGUGGACAAGGACUUCGUCUUGAACUUCGGCAUCCUUGACGAGAACAACAGCUGGUACAUAGACGAGAACAUCGCACACUUCUUGAACGUCACCGACGCAGAGGCGGCAGCCCUGAAGGAGGACGAAGAUUUCCAGGAGAGUAACUUGAUGCACGGUAUAAACGGCUACCUGUACGGGAACCUGCCCGGCCUGGACAUGUGUGUGGGAGAGAACGUCACGUGGCACCUGGUGGGGAGGGGCGGAGAGGUCGACAUCCACACCAUUAACUUCCGGGGUCACCAAGUCAGCAUCCAGUUUCACAGAACGGACACAGCUGGAAUAUUCCCAGCAUCCUUUGCGACCGCUGUCAUGGAGCCACGGAAUGUUGGAGAAUGGAUGGCCAGUUGUCAAGUGGGAGAUCACUUUUUGGCUGGAAUGCAGGCUCUGUACAACGUGAGCGGCUGCGGCGCCACCGUUCCUGAGGAACCUCUGGACGGGACUGUCCGCCAUUACUACAUCGCAGCAGAGAUGGUGACCUGGGACUACGCACCUUCCAGGAUAAACCACUUCGAGGGAGGAAGCCUCCUAGCAGCUGACAGCGACUCGGUGGUAUUCUUCGAACAAGGGCCCGAGCGGAUCGGCGGGAAGUACAAGAAAGCUCUGUACGUGGAAUACACCGACGGUACAUUCACCGUGCGCAAGAACCGCACUCGGGAGGAGCAGCACCUAGGCAUGCUGGGACCGGUCAUCAGGUCAGAGGUCGGGGACACCGUCAUGGUGACGUUCAAAAACAUGGCGGACAGACCGUACAGUAUCGAACCACACGGCGUCUUCUACAACAAGUCAAACGAAGGGUCGUCAUAUGGAAGUGGUAAUAAGACAGCCGGUGGAAGUGUGGAGCCCGGUGGAACCUUCACCUAUGUGUGGACUGUCCCUCCGUCCGUGGCGCCGACAGAACGAGACCCCGCGUGUCUAGUGAACCUGUACCGGUCAGGGGUCAGCUUGGUCAAGGACGCCUACUCCGGACUGGUCGGACCCCUGGUCGUGUGUAAGGCUGGGACACUGGAUAGUGAAGGCAAACGGCGAGAUGCCAGCCGAGAGUUCUUUCUGAUGCUUGCUGUCUAUGACGAGAAUCAGAGUUGGUACCUGGACGACAACAUCGCGAACUUCACGCAGUCUGGAACUGUCACCGAUCCCGAGGAUGAAGACUUUCACGAGUCAAAUCUUAUGCAUGGCAUCAACGGAUACAUGUACGCUAACCUUCCCGGUCUGAGCAUGUGCACAAACGACAACGUGACGUGGUACGUCCUGGGUCUGGGGACCGAGGUUGACAUCCACACUCUGGCGUUCCACGGUCUGACCUUCCAGUACCACGGACAGACCCGGGACUCCAUCUCCAUCUUCCCUGGGACCACGGAGACUCUGGAGAUGGUACCAGACAACGAAGGUGACUGGGCUAUCAAAUGUGUGGUGAACGACCACUACAGUGCCGGGAUGAAGGCCAAAGUGUCUGUGGAGACCUGCGAUGCAGACGGUCCACAGUUCUGGUUCAACAGCGCAGGGACCAUCCGAACAUUCUACAUCGCCGCUGUAGAAGAGGAAUGGGACUACGCACAGGACAAAAGAAACAUCUACGGAGACACUGUGACUAAUGAAAGCAGUUCUCUGUACGACCGGAUCUAUUCAGGACCAACCAUGAUCGGUUCACAGUACAAGAAGGCCCUGUACCGGGAGUACACCGACCCAACCUUCACAGUUCAGAAACAGAGAGGACCGAGGGACCAGCACCUGGGCAUGCUCGGACCGAUGAUUGAGGCGGAGAUCGGCGACGUCAUCGUGGUCUACUUCAAGAACAUGGCGUCACAUCCUUUCUCCAUGCACCCGCACGGCCUGCUGUACAGUAAGUGGAACGAGGGGGCGCUGUAUGAGGACAAGACAUCCGGGGUGUCGAAAGCUGAUGAUUCUGUGGACCCAAACAAAACUAACGUCUACACGUGGUUCGUGCCACCAAGAGCAGGUCCUACACAGAAGUCAGACAACUGCAUCCCGUGGGCCUACUACUCCAGUGUCGAUCCCGUCAAGGACACCAGUUCGGGUCUGGUCGGCCCGCUCGUGGUUUGUCGGCAAGGGACGCUCGGUGCCGACGGGCGCCGAGCAGACGCGGACCGUGAGUUCGUCCUGAUGUUUACGGGGACGGAGGAGAGUAACAGUUGGUACCUGGAGGAGAACAUCCAGAAUCACUGCGGAACUCCAGCACAAGUGAAUCCGGACGACGCUGAUUUCGUUGAAGCCAACCAUAUGUUUGCUAUAAACGGCUACGUGCUGCACAACCUUUUGGGUCUGGAGAUGGUUGAGGAUGAGGACGUCGUGUGGUACCUGAUGGGGAUGGGGACGGAGGUGGACACUCACACCGUGCACUUCCACGGACAGACCUUCAUCCACACCACAGACAACAGGAGGCACCAUCGUGGCGACGUCUGGGAUCUCUUCCCAGGUGAGUUUGCUUCUGCUCGGAUGAGGACAGAGAAUCCCGGAACGUGGAUCAUCCACUGCCACGUGGCGGACCACUUUGACAAAGGGAUGAUGGCUUUCUACACUAUCAAACCGAGAGAACAGCAGGACGAUACAAAGACAACAGGACAGCCCGAUGCAAAGACUACUGGACCACCUGACAUUUCUAACACCCCAAAACCUGGCCGAGUCCAAGCUGUGGAAUGGACGAAGACCUGGGAGCCAUUCGCGAUCAUGGGAGCCGUCGGCCUGGUAACUCUUAUCGUAGGCUUGACGAUCGGAUGCCUUGUCAACAGGAAGAGAAACAAAGGCACUGGAAGAAACCUAGAGAUGACGGGAUAUGAUAAUAAUGCGGCAGUUCUUACUGACUUAUAAAAGUGAAGUAUGGUGAAGACUCAUCCAACAUGCUGCUCUGAAAAGAAUAGUUUUUUUAAUCAUUUUUAUUUCAUGAAUACAAAAUAGAAUGGCUGCGAAAGUUGAUCAGUUGAUCAAUGAUGGAAAAGGAAAAUGCUGCCUUGAUUAUGGAAUUAUCAUAGUGUGGAUUAUCAUUUGACGACAGAAUAGUGAAACAGAUAGUAUUGCUUUUUUACCUUUUCUUAAAAUGUUGGAAAUACUUGAAGAAGCUUUAUGAUAUAUAAAGAGAUCCUAUUGUACUAUUGUGUACUAUUGUAUAUGUAGAACUGAGUUUUACUGUAAAGCUCUAGAGAAAUGUUAAGUUUGGAAGUAUUUCAUGACGGGAUGAAGUUUUUAUAACUAUGAAAAUAUACCAUUGUGCCUAAAUUCAGUUUCACACAUGACUGUUGAAUCACUGCAUGGGUCAGGUGAAAUCUAAUAAAUGGC